CCUGCAGGCGUGCACUCUGAGGGGCCUGCCGGGCUGCGACCCAGGAGGAGUCUUGCAAGGAGGGAGCCGGCACCCCUCCCUCUCUGAGAUCCUGCCCGUGGAUGGCAAUGAGCUCCUCCUCUGGCCAUGGGGACCCUGCCGAGCAGUCCCUGCUGGGGCUGGACGCCGUGAUCCAGAGUUUGGAGGAUACGGUCCUUAGCCCCACAGCCAGCAGGGAAGACCGGGCACUCACUGUGCAUGGGGAAGGCCGGCAGGCCUCGCCCACCCCCCUGCCCGCCCGCAUCCGUGAGAUCGUGGCCAGCAGCCUGCGUGAGGAGCCACCCCAAGGGGUGCUGGAGCCACCCACCACCCUGGCCCACAUGCAGGAGGAGAGGGAGCUGCUGCAGGAGGAGCUGGCCCGGCUGGAGGACCUACUGGCCCAGGCAAGCACGGAGCAGGCGGAGCUGACCAGCAGGUACCAUGCGGUCAGCCAGAGGAUGCAGGCCCGCCUGGAGGCCACUCAGGCUCAGCUGCGGAGGUCAGAGCUGGAGCACAGCGUGGACCUGGAGGAGGCCCUUGCCCGUCUGGAGGCCUCAGAGCAGAGGAGCUCCAGCCUUUCCCAGGUGAACGCCCUCCUGCGGGGACAGCUGGAGCACAUGCGGAAGGCCAACGCCACGCUGACCCGGGAGCUGGCCAGCACAGCGGGCAGCACGCUCCACCUGCUGGGGCAGAGGCAGACCCGGCAGACAGGCCCUGGGCAGCCGUGGGGCUUCCUCCUGCUGAGGAGACAGGCCUCGGAGCUCCGUGGACAUGUGGCCCAACUGCGGGCAGCCACGGAGAGGGGCCUUGCCGACAUGCGGGCAGAAGCUGCCAGGACGGCCCAACGCCUGUGCACAGCCUGCAGCAGCCUGGGCUCCAGCCUGCAGCGGGCGGCCAGCGGCACAGCCAGCGCCCUGGAGCAUCGGCUGCGGGACCAGGUGGGGGAGAUGCUGCAGCUGCAGCGUCGCUGGGACACGGAGAAGGCGGAGCUGCGUGCCAGACUCUCGGAGCAGACGCUGCUUGUGGACAAGCUCACUCAGCAGUGCGAGCAGAGGGAAAGGACCAUCGCUGCCCUGAGAACGGACAUCCAGAAACUGGAAUCCCGAUGCGAUGGGGGCCCUCUGGUGGCGGAUGCCCUUGGGGAUGAGAUUGAGUCCCUUCAGCAGAUCUUGGCCAGCAUCAUGGAGGUGACCCAGGAGGAUGCCAGGUGUCUGGAGCUGGCAUGGAGCAGCAGCGCCGAGGGCCAGGAGGCACUGAGCCCACCAAGGAGCCCCGCACACGCCACGUCCCCCCACCAGGGCGUGUCCCCACCGCAGGCCAACGCCCCAGCCCACCUGGACCCUGCACUGCAUGCCGUGCAGACAGCCAUUGAGAGACGGCGGCAUCGGGAACGGGAGCUGCAUCUACAGCUACAGUCCUCCCUGGAGGCGACGGCCAGGCUCCGGAAGCAGCUGUCCAGGUGCCAGCAGGAGCUGCGGGCCUCACAGAGGCUCCUGCAGAGAAGGACACAGGAGCAGGAGGCCCUCCUGGGCAAGCUGCAGGCCCAGAGACGUGAGGUCCAGCACUACCAGAGGACUGCGGAGCUCUCGGGAAGGGAGAAGGUGACCUUGGAAACAAUGGUGGAGGAGCUGAGAGCAAAGGCAGAUUUGGGGGAGGCAGAGAAGCGGAGGCUGGAGGCUGCGGAUGUGGAGCUGCGGAGGAGCCUCCUGCUAUGGGCAGAGCAAGGCCAGCAGAGCCAGCAGGGGCUGGAGGCCAGACAGGAGCACCUGGAGCAGCUGGAGGAAAAGAUCUCUGGACUCAGGGAGGAGCUGGUGGUGGCCCGGGAGGCCCUGCGUACGGCACAGCUGCAGAGGGACGUGGUGCAGAGCGAGAGGGAGGGCCUGCGUGGCGCCUUGGCCCGGGCGGAGUCCAGCAACACUGACCUGGAGCUGCUGGUGACGCGGCUGAAGUCGGAGGGGGUGGAGCAGCGGGACUCCCUGGCCAGGAUGGCUGCCCUGAUGGAGGGGCUGGCCCGGGACAAAGGCUCCCUGAGCCGCCUGGUGCUCCAGCUGGAGCAUGAGCGGGACCGGUGGCAGGAGCAGCAGAAGGCUCUGGAGCAGGAGCAGAGGGCUGCCGGAGAGCAGCUGGCCAGGCUGGCGCAGCAGCUGGAGAGCGUGCAGGCAGAGCGGAGCCGCCUGCAGGAGGCCUGCGGGCAGCUGGAGCGGCGGCAGGAGCAGCUGGAGGGGCAGGUGGCCCUGCUCAGGCGUGAGCGGGCCCAGCUCCAGGAGCUGCUGGGCCAGGUCACAUGCAAGAAACAGGCCCUGGAGGAGCAGCUGGCACAGAGUCUGCAGGACCAGGACACCCAGAUGGACACUCUACGGCAAGCCCUGGAGGAGAAGGCUGCUUUGUCUGGGGAGCGAGCCCAGCUGCUGGCCAAGCAGGAGGCCCUGGAAAGGCAGGGACAACUCUCAGCUGAGGAAGCAUCAGAGCUCAGGCUGGAGAGGGACUCUCUGGAGAGCAGCCUUUUUGAGGCCCAACAACGGGCCAAGAAACUGCAGGUCCAGCAGGAACAGCUGGAGGGAGAGGCCCAGAGUGCCCGGCUCGCUCGGCAGACCUUGCAAGUGGAAAUGGAGAGACUGAACAGGGACUGGACCAUCCAGGAGGCGAAGCUGCAGAGGGACAUGGGGCAGUUGCAGUGGCAGGUGACACGGCAGGAGCAGCACCUGCAGCAGGCCCUGGAGAGCCAGGCGCUGGCCCACCAGGAGGACCUGACACGGCUCCAGCGGGAGAAGGAGGCCCUCCUUCUAUCCCUGGCAGAGGAGAAGGAGUUGGCCGCAUGCAGGCUGCAGCAGGAGAGGGAGCUGCUGGCAAGGAGUGAAGCCACCAGGGAGACUCUGGAGGAGGAAAUUCAGAGCCUGAAGCAGGAUCAGAAGGAGAGUCUCCACCAGCUGGAGCACGAGAUGCAGAAGGCCCUGUCUCUAAAGGAAGCAGAGAGGAGCCUGCUGAGAGAGCAACUGUCCAGGGUCACACGGGACCUGGAGCGGGUGCAGCAGGAGGCGCAGAGCCAGCAGGCCCAAGCCCAGGCCACUGUGGGCACCAGGACCGAGGAGCUGCAGGCCCUCCAGGUCCAGUUUGAGGAGGCCAUCUCCACCCACCAGAGACAGACCGCAGUUCUGAGCGAGAGUCUCCGGGAGAUGGCGGCCAAGAGGAGCACAGCGCAGAGAGAGGCUGAGGAGCUGCGGGCACAGCUGAACGUGGCCCAGGAAGAGCUGGCCGGGCUGCGCCAGGAGCUUCGGGGCUGGGAGGAAAGCCGAGAGGGUCUGCACAGGGAGGUCCUGGAGGCCCGCCGGGCUCUGAGCGAUGAGACCCGAGAGAAGAGUGUGCUGCAGGACUCCAACACCGAGCUUCGGGCGGCCGUCCUCAGGGCUGAGCAGGAGAAGGCCAGUUUUAGGCGGUCCAAGGAGGAGCAGGAGCAGAAGCGGCUGAUGUUGGAGGAGGUCCUGGCGGCUGCUCGGGAGGAGGCUGGGGUGCUGCGGGCCCGGCUGCAGGAGCUGGAGCAAGCUUGGGGAGACGCCCGCCGGGAGCUGCAGGAGAGCCGCAGACAGGUGAGGGUGCUGGAAAGCGAGACUCAGAGGAAGGGCCAGGAGGUGAGUGAUCUGCGGACCCAAGGCACAAGGGAUGCCCGGCGGCAGUGGCAGAGCUGGCAGGAGGCACUGGAACUGCAGAGGCAGGUGGCACAGGCCGAGGCCGCCCACGAGCAGACCCAGAAGGAGGUGCUAGGGCUGCGGUGGAAGCUGGUGGAGGCAGAGGCCUCAGCGGAGGCCCGGGCACAGCAGCUGGAGGGGCACCUCCGAGAGAGCCGGCAGGCCGAGCAGGCCCUGCGGACUGAUUUGCUCAGUGUUAGCAGUAGACUGCAGCAGGCCAGCAGCCUGGCUGAGAGUCUUCAGGCUCGCCUGGACAGUGCCCAUGGCCGGGUCCACGGUCUAGAGCAGGAGCUGGCCCAGACCAAGGGUGCCAGGCGGGACGCAGAAGCCCAACUGGACAGGCUGUGCUCCACACUUCGCCGUGGCCUGGGGCUCCGGGGUCGAAGCCCCUCUGCCUCUCCAGAGCGACCUGGGUCUCCUACAAAAGGCUCCAGUAGCUCCCAUGUUCAACCUGGGUGGCACAGAGCCAGCUCCCCCACUGGGUCCCGCUCGCCACCCCAACAGCGCUCACCUGCACCUGGAGACUGCGACUCAGAGGUCAUAGAUGUGGCCUCUGUGCAGGAUGCACUGGGAGACCUGGUGCAGAAGCUUCAGGAUGCCCAGCAGGAGCGGGAGGAUGCCCGUGUCCAGGUGGUGAACCUGCGCAGCCAGCUGAGCAGGGCGGAGAUCGAGCGUGCCCAAGCCCACAGCCACGUGGGGCAGCUGCAGAGGGCCCUGGCGGAGGCAGAGGAAGGCCGGCACCAGGCGGAAGGCGCGCUGAGCAGCACCCGGGCAGCACAGGCCCUGCAGAAGGAGGCACUGCAGAGGCUGGAGACGGAGCACCUGUCCAGCUUGCGGGCGGCCAGCCAGGAGAGGCGGUGGCUGCAGGAGCAAGUGGACGCACGGCAGCAGGCCCUGGGGAGAAGCAGGAGGCACGGUCAGGGCUUCACAGAGAACGGGAGGCUGCUGGAGGAGGAACUUGCUGGCCUUGGACACAGGAGCCAGGAGGCUGAGGGACCCCUGGAGCCCCAGCAACAGGUGCUCCGGCGGAGGUGGCGGCCGCGCGGGGAGCCAGCCGCACUGCGUGCAGAGCGACGCGCCCUGCGGGAGCGGACCACAGCGCCGCGCGCCCAGCGGGCCCGCCUACAGGGGGAGCUCGCCGCGCUGCGCGCACGCCUGGCGCAGACAGAGCGAGAGAAAACCAGGAGGGAGAGGGCCCUGGAGCAGCUGGGGGCCGAGAGGCAGCAGCUGGAGCAGUCCCUGAUCACCCUGCACCAGGAGGUGGGCUGGACCCUGAGGCAGAACCUGCAGCUGCAGGCACAGAGGGCUGAGCUGGCCGUCCAGCACCAACAGGACCCGGCUGCAGAGGCGGAGAGGCUGCAUGGGGCCCAGCUUCAGGCCACAGAGGCCCUGGAAUCCCCCAGAGAGACCCACUGGCAAUGGGGAAAGCGGCUGGAAGAGCAGGUGGUCACCCUGAAGGAGCAGCUGGACCAGGAAGUGCAGCAGCGGCAACUCGCCCCCCUCAGCUAGACCCUGCGGGUCAGGCAGUGAGCCCUGCCGCAGCCCUGACGGACAGGAAGUGGGCUCCAGGUGGAGAUGCCCGGGGCCUCCGCUGCUGAUGCCUGUGUGCUGCAUGAGGGGGCCAGGCUCCAACGGUGAGGUGGACGCCAGGCUCUCCCUGUGUCCCAGGGCUGCCACAGCAAGCACCUGUAGUCCUGCAGACUGCAGGAGUUCUGCCCCGGGCCCUCGGCCUCUGCCCGGGCUGGACCUUGCUGCUGGUGACCCCCUCCAGCACCCCUUCCCACAGAACACCCUUCCCACCUCAGGCUGCUGCUCCAGCCAGACCCAGCCCGUCCCGCCGCUCCUCAGCCUCAGGCUGUGUUCCACCCCUCCAGCUGUAAACACCGGGAACAGAAGGAAAACAUUUCCACCCCGGGGCCAAAAACAGUCCUGCGAGGUCAGCCACCAGCCCCGUCCAGAGGCUGAGACCUCCCACAUCCAGGAACUGCAGGCCCGUCCCAGCAGCAGGUGCCUGGAAGUGACUCAGAUUCAAGUUCCCGUGACUCACUGGCCACGAGGGGCAUGGCAGUGUGAAGUCUGGGUCCCCAGCUGGGGACAGUCUGUGGGAAUCCAGCCCCGUGGCCGUGGAGGCUGAGGCUGCCUCCACUCCCUUCACCUGCUGGCGUGUCUGCGAGUUUCCCGUGAGCACUGGCCAGGGUGACCGUCCUCUCCAGAUGGCUUCUUUCAUGCUGUAAGUGGCACAUUUCCAGGAUCUCUGGGGCACAUGCCCACCCGCUGAUUCCCACAGGCAGCACAAGGCCCGGGUGGCCUGGGCCCGUGACAGCCUCGGGCCUCCUGGAACACCCUCAAGGACUCUGGCAUGAGGCAGGGAGAACCAGAAGCGGGUGGAGCCCAUCUGUCCAUUGCAAGAUCACGCAGCACUUAGAAUAGGCUGUCCUGUCAGACCUCAUUUUCUGGUUGAGAUUAGCAGAUAUGUUGUAAAUCACCCAGAACCAAAGCCAGAGAGAGUGGCAGGCGGGCCUCGUUCGGCCCGUCCACUCUGCCUGCCUGUUGGUGGCCUGUCAUGAAGUCUGCCCAGGCCCUGAGGGGAUGUGCACGGAGACCUAGCAGCAAGGGCUGCUCUGGGAGGGAAGACCCUAGUGCUGGCACGCCCACCUGCAGCGGCCAGUGCGGGCACCGUGAACUCAGUGGAGGCCGGCAGGUGUGCUUCCACGCUGCCCAACAGCAUCCUGCACUACGGGAAGGGCAGGUGUGCGGUGCCCAAGGCCUCCACACCACACCCUCCACAGAGGCCUGGAGAGGUGGUGGGGAGGGAGGCUGGGCAGCCCCAGCCCUGGCUCAGAGUGCCCUGCGUGCCCUGCCUGCUCCCACCUCUCCAGUCCCUGCGCGCCACCCACGGGACAGAAAUCCCUGGCACAGAGCUGCUGCUUGGCAAAUGUGCACAGAGGGACCCUGCUUCAGUUGUGGGGGUCUGGGUGACUUCUCAGCUUCAGAGAGAAAGCCACGCAUCGUUUGACCAACCUCUCAUGGCAAUGGGGGACCCUCCCUAUCCUGCAGCUUAUGGGGAAUAUUCCAAGUUUCUGUGAAUCUGAGGUCUUUGUAUUUUAAUAGAUAUUUAAAUCAGCACAGGAGACACUGAUUUUACUUAUUCAACACGAAGGUAUAUAUUCAGGAAAAGAGGACUUUUCAAAUGGAAGCACCGAGCAGUUUCCUGAGCGCUCGCCAAGGUGUGCAGGCCUCCCUGUGCGAGCAGCCAUUACUGUGCCAGACGAAGGACCCCGCAGUGCCGCUUGAGGCACCUGGCUUAGGGCAGAAGCUGCUUCUGAACUGAGGUCACAUAACACCAGCUGGACGUGGGUCAGGUCCAGAACUCCACUUCCCCUCUGCCCAGCAGGGAAGAUGGAGAGGGGGCCAAAGGGAGGGGCCUGGACACACAGGCAGUGAGCGGGCAGGGGAGGGCUGCCCUGCACCUUCCCAGAGCGCAAGGGGCAGGACCGGGAUGACCCUGCAGUGAACUGCCUCCACCCAGCCUGCUCUCAGAACUCAGGAGCGGGUCCAACACCUGCGUCCCCCAGCGUCACCCAACAUGGCAGCCUUUGACCCCAACAAGGCCCAGAGGAUCCCACCAAUGGCUUGAGAGGUGCCAGCCUCGUGUGUGAGUCCAGCUCUGUGCCUGAGCUGGGCGACCUACCCUGACAGGCUCUCUGGAUCUGAGAACCUGGAGGUGGCUCUUGGGCCUGGUGCCUGCAGGCACUCACCUCUGGGCAUCUGUGCUGGGCUUUAGAGCACCAGGAAACACGCACACGAGGCCCAGAAGCAGGCAGCCCAGCUCCUAAGACAAGCACAAAGCCCCCGGCUACUUGCCAGACUCACUGCCUCUGCUGAGGGACUUGGGGGUGGCCAGGAUCCCACUAACCUCUGACUGGGCAGCCCCGACGAGGCCCAGGCGUGCGCGGGGCGGGGGUUCCCACCUCCCAGGCAUUUCUGGAUGGUGCCACCGACUACAGAAGGAGAGGGUCCCACAGAGGACCUCAGCGGUCACCCCAAGGCAGGCCAGCCCCAGGGCUGGGUCAGGGAAGGUCUCGCCACAGCACAGCCAGGGCAGAAAACAGUGGGACAGUGUGUGGCUCACUUGGGCUCCUAAGACGUGUAGUUUUCAAAUAGACCGUGGUGGCUUGACCCAGAUGUGUUCUGAAAAGUGAGUCACAGGCGUUGUCACACUGCCACAUGUGACAUCCCAGGGGACGCAGUCUGCUGGGGCCACCACCCCACAUGCAGCCCGUGCUUGACAGAGUCAUACUUAACUGCAAAAAUCAUCAUCAGCAAAACAAAGAACACAGGCUGGGCCGUGGCUCCGGGCAGAGCGCUCGCCCAGUGUGUGAGGCCCCGGGUCCACUCCUCAGCACAGCCUGAAGAUGAACAAAUGACUUCUUUAAAAAGAAGAAGGCCACCACCCACAAUCCCUGCUUCAGCGGAGGUCGUGCUGUGGACGCUGCUUGGAUCACUGCUGUUUAAGUUCUCUACGUGACCGUCACUAGGCACCCCAUGUCGUUAAAGAUGCCUCAGAGGCCUGGCUGCGGGCUGCAGAGCCUUCAGGAGGGAAGGGCCCUGGGUGCCCACAGGUGCUUCCUCUCUUGGCCGCCUGGUCAUCAGGAAGCAGAGAAUGGCCCUGCCCUGCAGGGACAGACUCUCAGGGCACCUCGUGGAGCCCGGAGCGGCACACGUGUGGCUCCACGGCUCCUGCCACGGACAGAGGGAUGACAGGGGCACUCAGGAGUCUCACCGAGGCCAGGGCCCCCGCCUGAGUCAGCCUGACCAUGGCUAAAGUUCCUCUUUCCCCUAAAUAAAGCAGCACAUGCCAAGCACUCUGAUCAUCUCCCGAAGGUCAGCAGCAGAAGUCUCAUGGUGUGAGCUGGGGUGUGAGGCUUCCCACCCAUGGUCGGUCCAGACUGGCUGCGCUGUCCUGCCUUCUCUGCCUCAGUGGCCAGCUGGGUGGGCCAGGGUGUCCUCAGGAGCCGGGCCCUCCCCAUGUCCCUGCGACAUCCCUGCCCCCUCCUGAUGUGGGUGGAGUUUCACAGAGAGCUGGGCUUUGGGUCAGGCCCACAGGAUGGCAAGAGCGUCUCUGGCAGGGGACCUGCACCCCCGGCCACCUCUGGGAGGGGAGCCACACUGGGGGUGGACUGCAGCCACCUUGAUCUCCAUGGACCCUGCAUUCUGGGGCAUCCUGAGGGUGGGUUCCCCGGCUCCCCACCUAAACUGCACACACACUCAGGCCCGAAAUCAAAGUGUCACAGGUUUGUUGGGGAAGCUCAGGUCUCCUGCCACAGAAAAUGAGCCUACUUGAUAAAACCAUCUUGGUUUUGAUAAAUGUGGACUUUCUGUUACAGAGACAAAGGCGCCCUUGAGUCCAGAGGGGACCCUAAAACAGCAUGUUGCUGAAAAGUAUUUCCUGAUAAUA